UUUCAUUUCCAUACAAAUCUCCAAACACAAUUCUAUUUAAUUAAUCGAUGAGGUUGAGAACAGGUUAUUGAGCAUUGAUUGAAAGUCUCCAAUAUCUCCUCCUUCCUCCCCGCAGCCACCGUAAACAAUGGACGCAGCGAGGAUAAAGUCGGCGACCACGCCGCAGGAGAUAAUCGAGCGUGACGAAGCCGGCAAUAUCAGAACGACGUAUAUCCUCUCCUCAAAUGGAGAAGGUCGAGAACGGCUCGACCUCUUGCCCCCUCCACGAAGCAAAUCGGUCCCCGAGCAACUCCUGGACGUAUUCUUGCCGGCGGGAUAUCCCCAGAGCGUCACUGAGGAUUACAUAUAGUGUGUAACACGGGUGGAGUAUUUGCAGUUUGUCUCUCAGUCAGCCGGACGCUGACGCAGUAUGGGGAUUGGGUGGGU